AGGAGAAUGUCAAAAAUGGACUUAUAGAUUAUAAGUCCCCUUAAAUAGUCACGAGUCAUGGGUCAGCCAAACAGCUCUGGUUCUUGCCCAUUUGCAUAUUGUGUUUGUAUAAUUCCCAACCUGCGUCGAGUUGAAUCAGCAAAGAGAAGAGAAUUGGCGUUGAAUUCCCCCGAGAAAAUGAGCCCCCGUGGAUCCCUUUUCAUCAUGCUCCUCCUCGUCUUGACUCAGGUUACUGUUGAAGCAAAACAAUCCCCGCUCCUCGAUUCUUCCGCAUUUUCGAUGGCGCUCGACACUCUUCAAAAUCAAAUCAAUUAUAAGUUUUCGAAGAUUGAUUUGCUCCGUAGAGCAAUGACUCACUCUUCUUAUUCACAAGAGAACAACAAAGCACUAAGCAUCCUAGGAGAGAGAGUUAUUGAAACUUCUGUUUCACUCUCUUCUCUUGUUAAAGACAUCGACAUAACAGCCAAGGACUUAAACAAUAAGAUAUUGGAAGUGUCGAGAGUGGAGACCUCGUGUGCAUUCGAUGGAUUGCAAUUAGGAUUACAGAAGGUUGUUAGGGUUUCAAGGAAGACUAACUCGUCCACUCCUGCUGUAGUGUGUGGUAGCUUUAGGGCGAUUUUUGGUGCUAUUGCUAUUGAUAAGGGGAAUUCGGAUGAUGCUGGGAGUGUUUUUUGGUAUGUUCAUGGUGGUGGCAGUGGAAGAGCUAUGGCAAUGUAAGUAUGGGAGAUUUUUACGUUUUUGACGUUAGGUACGUCUUAGGGUUUCAGUGUCGUGUGAUGUGAUGUUGUUUCUUUGGUGUGAUGUGUAUAGCUAGUGUGUGUUUUUCCAAUUGCUUAACAGUAUUAUUUACUAGUUAUGACCGACUCUCCAAUAGAUAAAAAUGCUUUGUUUAUCAGUUACCUCGCAACUGAAAAUUUGCCAUUUCAUAUUGUUUGAAAUUGUAAAUUUGCUUAAUAUAUGAAUGUUCUAGCGUCAAAUUUUAGAUAA